CUCAGCAACCUGGAACCCACUUGGGGGGGCUGGGGCCCCUGGUCCCACACCGGGAGGGCAUCAGGGGAGGGGUGCGGCCCCUGGAAGACUCGUGGUGUGGCCCAGGGGGCUGGGGGGGUGCCAGGAAGACGGGGGCAAAGCUCGCAGGGGGAGGCACUAGUGAGGUUCUCUUUCCCCCACUGCGGGGGGGUCGGGGCCGGCGGCGGGGUGGGAGACCUCGGAAGCAGAGCCUGUGGACCCGGGGCGGCGGCCGGCCAGUGACCGGCGGCAGAGGCGCCAUGGCCACCAUCCAGUCGGAGACCGACUGCUAUGACAUCAUCGAGGUGCUGGGCAAGGGCACCUUCGGGGAGGUGGCCAAGGGCUGGCGGCGGAGCACGGGAGAGAUGGUGGCCAUCAAGAUCCUCAAGAACGACGCGUACCGCAACCGCAUCAUCAAGAACGAGCUGAAGCUGCUGCGCUGCAUGAGGGGCCUGGACCCUGAGGAGGCCCACAUCAUCCGCUUCCUCGAGUUCUUCCACGACGCCCUCAAGUUCUACUUGGUCUUCGAGCUGCUGGAACAAAACCUUUUUGAAUUCCAGAAAGAGAACAACUUCGCGCCCCUCCCCGCCCGCCACAUCCGCACGGUCACCCUGCAGGUGCUCAGGGCCCUGGCCAGGCUCAAGGAGCUGGCCAUCAUCCACGCCGACCUAAAGCCCGAGAACAUCAUGCUGGUGGACCAGACCCGCUGCCCCUUCAGGGUCAAGGUGAUCGACUUCGGCUCAGCCAGCAUCUUCAGCGAGGUGCGCUACGUGAAGGAGCCCUACAUCCAGUCGCGCUUCUACCGGGCCCCCGAGAUCCUGCUGGGGUUGCCCUUCUGUGAGAAGGUGGACGUGUGGUCGCUGGGCUGCGUCAUGGCCGAGCUGCACCUGGGCUGGCCCCUGUACCCGGGCAACAACGAGUACGACCAGGUGCGCUACAUCUGCGAGACCCAGGGCCUGCCCAAGCCCCACCUGCUGCAUGCUGCCCGCAAGGCUCACCACUUCUUCAAACGCAACCCCCACCCCGACGCCACAAACCCCUGGCAGCUCAAGUCCUCGGCCGACUACCUGGCUGAGACCAAGGUACGCCCCCUAGAGCGCCGCAAAUACAUGCUCAAGUCGCUGGACCAGAUUGAGACAGUGAACGGCGGGGGAGCCGCCAGCCGGCUGACCUUCCCGGACCGUGAGGCACUGGCUGAACACGCCGACCUCAAGAGCAUGGUGGAGCUGAUCAAGCGCAUGCUAACGUGGGAGUCCCAUGAGCGCAUCAGCCCCAGCUCGGCCCUGCGCCACCCCUUCGUGUCCAUGCAGCAGCUGCGCAGCGCCCACGAGACCACCCGCUACUACCAGCUCUCAUUGCGCGGCUGCCGCCUCUCGCUGCAGGUGGAAGGCAAGACCCCCACACCUGUAGGGGCCACUGUGGAAGAUGGGCCCCCCUACUACCGUCUGGCUGAGGAAGAGGAGGCCGUGGGCAUGGGCAGUGGGCCCUACUUCCGUGAGGAGAAGGCGCCAGGCAUGCAAAGGGCCAUCGACCAGAUGGAUGACCUAAGUCUGCAGGAGGCGGGGCGUGGGCUGUGGGGUGAGACUCGGGCCGAUGGAGUCCCCGACAUGCUAGCUCCACUCAAGGUGGCCACCACUGCCCGCCGGGUGCCGGACGCAGGCCCCGAGCCCAUCCUGGCCUUCUACGGCAGCCGCCUGGCAGGCCGCCACAAAGCCCGCAAGCCCCCUGCAGGUUCCAAGUCUGACUCCAACUUCAGCAAUCUCAUCCGCCUGAGCCAGGCCUCGCCCGAGGACGAUGGGCCCUGCCGGAGCAGCGGCUGGGCAGAAGGGGAGCGCUGUGGGGGCUCCGCCGAGCCGUCCACCAUCCCGCAGCGGGACGGCGAUGGACCCGACAUCAAGGACUUGGCCAUGGAGGCGGAGAGGCCAGGCCCCGAGCUCUUCGACCCCAGCAGCUGUUCCGGGGAAUGGCUGAGUGAGCCAGACUGGACCCUGGACAGCGUCAGGGGGCCACGGGCUCAGGGCCUCCCGCCCCGCCACGCCCACCCGCACGGUCCACCCCGAGCCACCAGCUUUCUGCAGCACGUUGGCGGGCACCAUUGAUGGUGACCCUACCUUUCCCCAUCACUGGGGGCUGUGCUAGCUGGGCUGGCAUCCCCUCCUCAGAGCCAUCCCCAAACCCACAGAUUAUUCUUACAGAAAUAGAGUUUUCCAGAAUUUCUCCAUUUCCCCCUUAACCCAUAGCGCCUGCCUGCACAUGUACCCCAAACUGCAGGAGGGCCUUGGAGUCUGGCUCGUGGCCCCCUUGAUCAGAGGGGCGCAGGAGGGGGCUACACCCUGCUGGUCCUGAGCACACCCUGGUCCUGCUGCUUCUGCUAUUUCAAUAAAGAACUGUUCAGUCUUGCUCA